GCAACUUUAAACUUGAAGUUGCAACUUGCAAGUUGCAAGCUCAAAAGCAAGCACUCCCCUUGCAAGGGCUUCGGCGCUGCUCUGGCGCCGUAAGGACGAAGGAGGAUCCCAUCAUCUGGAAAUGAAAAGAACGUGGUCAAUUGGCUGAUCGAUGUUACAUUCUAUGGUACAUUCUAUGGUUGAGAAUCUUGAGUUCUGCAGGGCAAGGGCUUCCUUCACCUUUUCAUGUUGCACGCAUGAUCAAGCAGGUGGUGGUAUAUCCAAGUUUCGUUCUUCUGAAGCAGCGGCUGGGAGAACUGUGUCACAGGCAGCUCGUGCGCUUCUCAGUUGUCGGAAUGUUGAACGAGCUCAAAAGCUGAGUCUAAGAAAUAGUUCUGGUAGGGCAUUGGGAUCUUUUACCCCUUCUCUACGCAAAAGCACACACUUGCAGCACCACCUGAAGGUUUGGGGAUGGUUAUUGAUCCCAAAGGUGCAUUCCGUGAGUAAAUUUGGAACCUGUGGCAGGCACAUCAACGAGUUUGCAUUGAUGUCAGGCGAUUGCAAGGUGGUGUGCCAAUCUGGCAAAGCAACAUUGUCCAGCUUUUUGGCAAGAGAGGAUCACAGGAACUUCUGGGACUUGGAUCUAGAGGCACUGGUAGACUGGUUGGGCGCAUUCUAUACCAGAAAGAUAGAUGGUGACCCCAUCUUUAAACAACGGUGCCAGAUCUCAAGCAUCAAGAGGCAGAACAAAAGCAGGCUUGCUGAUGUAGAGCGGAACUCUGAGAGAUGUCAAGAUACUUACAGAAGGUGUGGCAAUCAUGACGAAAUUGAGCGUCUCACUUCAGAACUGCAGAAGGCGAGGCUGGCAGAAGGUGGAUUAGCAACAUUUCUGUCAGAUGACGUAAAUGAGAGCCACGCUGCUUGUGGAGAUUGUUCGACACCGAGUGAGCAUGAUAGAGCCUCAAAUCCGGCAGCCGAAGAGCAGAGAUACAUUGAUGCAAAGCAGAAAGAUAAGCUAGCUAGAGCAAGUCAAAAGCUCGCAGAGAUACGAUCUCGCAUUGGGCCGCUGGAGCAAGAUCUCAACAGAUUGUGCAACGAGACGCUGGAGUGGCAGGAACUUCAAAGGGCAAACGCAUCUGUGGUUGCCUGUCAUGACGAGAUCGGUCUGACGGCCGCAGAGAACAAGUUGCAGGGUCUCUUCAAAGACACCGGGGCACAGACUCAAGGCUCGGGCAAGGACUUCGAGUCCAUUUGCACGGGUGUUUUGAAGACUUCUGUUGUUCCAGAAUUAGCGAGAGGUGUGGACGAAGGUCGAGUCAAGAUCCUUUCCAACGUCACGCUUGGCAUGGCGAAUGGGGAGAUCGAUAAAGUGAUUGUAUGCGUGCCAGACGCAGCUGCAGAGCCCGUCUCUGUCUUGGCCGUUGCUGAAUGCAAAAACAAUGUUAACGACCUUGCUCACGGCUUUUCGAUGAUGCAAUCCAACAUCGGUUGGCUCAGCGGAGAGAGGGUGGGGUCCCACGCAUAUGAUCCGGAAGCCUGGAAGACACGCAAGUACACUAAAGGCCACUUUGAUCGCACAGUGGUGCAUCUAGAAAGUGGCUCCGAGUAUGUCUUCGGCCCAACCAGCUUCCAAUCGUUCAAGCGUGAUUCUGAAGAAGGCUGCUUUCUCAAGGGGGUCUACUUCAUCACUCGGGCUGGCACUCUCACCGGCUUGGGGUCAGGCGAGAUCAAUCUGAUCAGCCACAAAAUAGCGACUGACCUGGACUUCCAAGAAGCACUUCAAAAGCGCAACAUGUCGUACUUCAGCAAGCUUCAAAAGUGGGUGGACAAAAUCAAGGAAGGAAAGCUCUCCUCCGUGGACGUUUUGCGGCUGUACGAACGGCAGUCAACAAACGCCGGCAAUGUGUUGCUAAUCGAGUCUGUAAAAUGAUUAUCAAGUGGCAGAUCGUUUCCUUCAUUGAGACCAAUGACAGCGGUCCAGCAAAAAAAAUCACAUUAUGUGGACGCUAUGUACAUUAGCAGAGUGUAAAAUGCCUCCGUUUCCA